CGACACUUUAGCGCAUGCGCGGUCUGAUAGAGUUGACAGGUGGAUAGUGGGGCAAGUAGGAGCGACAAGACAAGCCGACGUUUAAGUUUAAAGCCAUAAAAAGAGAAAUCAUGACUGUCUGUAAGUAUUUCAUGCAAGGACGUUGUCAAUAUGGUGUUAAAUGCUGGAACGAGCACCCGGUUGGAGGAGGAGGAAGAGGCUAUAACCGCUCUACCUCUCAACAGCACUCCAGAGGAGAUACAGGUAAGAUAUGUUAUGUAUAUAUAGUUGUAUUUAAAACAAAUAGUUGGGCGCUCUUAGGGUCAGUGUAUAGUUUGGUAAUUGAUAUUUUCGUUUAAUGAAUAGGAAUUUUUAAGAAAGAAAAAAAACAUUUGCUUUAUUUCAAUCUAAUUUUGUAAUAUGUAAAUGUUCAAUUGAACAACGUAGCUUUCUUUUUGUUCGUGUCGAAAAACAAUAAGUAUAUCCAAGGACUGAUUGAUUAUCACUUUAUAGUUUAUAUGGCAAAAAUAAAAAUCAUCAGUUAUUAAAUUAUUAUAACGUAAUUAACGGACGUCUUUUUCAAAUUCGGGAACCGGAAGUUGCUGUUUAAAUACACGACAGCUGAUUGGCCUCUAGGGGGGAAGAAAACUGAUGAUCCGUUUGCGCAUGCGCUGAAAGUCAGCAACUUCCGUUUUACAGGUUUAACUUUUUACAAGGGUUGGCAAAUGUAUCAACUAAACUCAAAUAAUCAACAACUACUCCUUGUAAAUAAUGAUUUGUUAUCCAUCUAAAUCGUACAUUGCUAAUUGCCUAAAUAUUAGGUAGAAAAUGAUUAUGUCAGAAAAUGGUUUAAGUACACUUUAAGCAGGAUAGAAUGCAGCUGAGAUAGACUCCAUCAAUCCCCGCCUAUGACCCCAAACGAUUGAUGGAUGGAAUGAAUGUGUGUCUCAACUGCAUGUUAAGACCAAAGAAAAUUUAAUAAACUGGGUUUGCAAUAUUUUCCCUCAAAAAAGUUUAAAGAGCAAUGUUUGAUGUGAAGUAAUUAGAGCCUUAUUAAUCAUUCAUAACAUCAUUGCUUUUGGUUCAGUAUAGUUUUUUAAAUAUUGAUAGUUUAUUAAAAAAAAUCUGUUUAAAGGUAUUUUUUUUUACUUUCCAUGCUUGAAUCUCAUGAUCAACUUCCAUGCUUGAAUCUCAUGAUCAACUUACAUACGUAUAUAUAUAUAUAUAUAUAUUUAUUUAUUUUGCCCUUGUUGGGAAAUCUGUCGCAGGCUGUAAAAAAAAGUUAGCUGCGGGCCGCAAAUGGCUUUUGGGCCACACUUAGGAUGCCUCUGCUCUAAAGUAUUUGAAUAUAUUCUUUAGUUUCAAAAAUACAUUACCACUGACAAUCAAUUUGGUUUUAAAACGACUAACCAGUUCAAAGGAUUUAAACUUGUAUUUCUCAUUACUGUAGAAUUGUUUAUCAUUGUUCUGUAAGUUGAAAAUAAUAAGUUUAUCGUACAUAAACAAACAAAACAAUUGAAUGGACUCAUAAAUGUAAACAUAAAUUGUACCUAAAUAAAUAUAGAAUAUAAAAAUAGGGUGCUUAAAAAAGAAACUGUGUCCAGAAGGUCUGCUGUGGAGAGGUCCAGUGUCUUCAGCGAUGGUGGGGGCGGGGGUCCAAUGCAUCUCUGAUUUCACAGCGAUCAAAUGUAUCACUGAUUCAUGUAUCGUUUUAUCUGCGCUUCUCUCGGAUGAUAUCAUUGACAGCUUCACCUGUUGGGACGUACACACAGCGUGGAAAUCAAAUGAAGGCCCACCCAAGCAGGCCAGUUGCCACGCUAAUGUGGGGAACGCCAAGACGCCGCUGAAAUGAGAAUGGCCGGCGGCUUUUCUUCCGGCAGCUUCUUUGCCGGCGGAAGCGUCUUCAUGGACUUUUGAGGCAUGAAGGCUGGCGGAUUUUCGGGGUGGCUGGUGAGGUCACAUAUGGGGAAAAAACUUGGAAUUGACCUGCAGUGUGAACAAGACCAAGACGGAGGGCAUAGAAACAAGGUUCCGGUGAAUCCCUCUCACCAAAAAGGAGGACAUAGCCAGCAAGUGUCCUCCCGUUGUUUCAACCGUGGGCAUCAACCGCGGGGACGAUGAACGGGGUGGAAGAGGAGGAAAAGGAGACAGAGGACCAGCACCGGGUGAAGAAGAUGAAGAACAAAAACUGGAGAUCAUUCAGACUCAGAGUGACAUGAUGGUUUGGGAGAGCUCAGACCAGUCAAGCUUUUCCUGUUCUAGCGGCUCCAAGGCACUGUUUUCUGGGUUUGCAGACAUAUCUCCAGAAGAGCAGAGGUUUGAAUAUUACUCCACCAAGAGUUACCUCGAUGGCAUCAGCUGGUUGCUCAUUCAGUGGGGAGACCGAAUGAAUCAAUCUACUCGUGCAGCUUUGAUUGCAGAACUAAGAUAUCCAGCGCCUCGGACCUCGUCAAGUGGCUUUGGCUCAGCACCUGCUGGAUGUGGCAAUAAAGGGUUUGAGGCCGAACCACCAGCCCAAGCAACUAAUAUCAGUUUAGCUUCUCCAGCGAGUGGAUUAGGCUCUCCACUGGCCCCAACAUCUCCAGGUUUCAGCGGCGCCAUCCCAGCUGUGACACAACCGCCCUCCGGGUCUGACGCCACGCCGUCUACAAGUUCCGAUGCCCCUCCAGGUUCCCCCUUCCCCCGCUCGUCUGGCGAAAAACUUGCGGCUCCAUCUUUGGGGACAGGUUCCUCCUCCGCAGCCGAGACCAACAAAGCGAUGGAGAAGUCCGGCGCACCUGCAGGAAAUUUGCCAGGACAGGUGCGUGCGGUGGAAACCUCAGGCGGUCUUUACUCCCUUGAGAACGAGCUAACCCAGGAGGAGAUAGAUCAGUUCAAAGCACAAAUGUUCACUUUGGGUCUGAUUCCUCUGAAGCUGCCUCCUGCUGCAAUGCUUGCCAUUUAAUGCUUAAAUGUAUUUAUUUAUUUUUCAUAAACAGUUUUUAUUCAUUCAAGUUGAUGCACAUAUAGAAAUAUUUAGGGUGAGAAGCUCUGCCAUCCGGGAGGAGCUCAACGUAAAGCCGCUGCUCCUCCACAUCGAGAGGAGCCAGAUGAGGUGGUUCGGGCAUCUGGUCAGGAUGCCACCCGAACGCCUCCCUAGGGAUGUGUUUAGGGCACGUCCAGCUGGUAGGAGGCCACGGGGAAGACCCAGGACACGUUGGAAAGACUAUGUCUCCCGGCUGGCCUGGGAACGCCUCAGAAUCCCCCGGGAAGAGCUAGACGAAGUGGCUGGAGAUGGGGAAGUCUGGGCUUCCCUGCUUAGGCUGCUGCCCCCGCGACCCGACCUCGGAUAAGCGGAAGAUGAUGGAUGGAUGGAUAUAACAAACCCCUCACUCCCCACACUCCAAACAGUCCUUGGACAAAUUAAAUGCACAUUAAAAAAAUAAAAAGUGAAUAAAAAAACUA